AUGUCUGAGUCAACUUUCCACACCACCAGCCAGGAUCUCCGCAAGGAGGAGUCCAAGAUCGCCCAGAAGCAUGGCAGCGUUGUUCCUUCUGACUCUGAUGUUUCUCAGAUGAAGUCCAUUAUCGACCAAAACACCAAUAAGGCACAGCAGAUCGAUAAGGCCAAGGCUAACCUGCCUUUGCCUGAACAGCCUCCUGUUGCUAGUGACUGGUCCUCAGCUGACCAGCGCACCGUGAACGUUGGAUCCGGUGGUAUCGAAUGUCCUAUCUCUUACGACCCGAAUAACCCUCUGCGUGGUCCUGCUACUGCUGAGAGCAGUGUGCGUGUUGACGGCAACGAGUUGCAUAAGAACACUGCACCUGGUAAGGUUGGCCGCCAGGCAGUUGAGGGCCUGGACCAUCUGCCCUCUGAUGCUACCACUCGCUAA